CAUGACACGAAUGUAUAACACACAUCAACUAGGUGAAAUCUAUUUCUUCAUAUGAUUUGAGAAGAAAUGAAACCACCUAUGUUACAUACUAGCUAACAAGGGACUGAUUUUGCAAGGCAACCUAACCUAACCUAACCUCAUGGGGGAUUGUGAUUAAACAUGUGUUAAAAGGUAGAGACAAUGUUAAAUCACCAAAAAUACAUGGUGGUAUGAACGACGAGGCAAAGCAUAACCUAACGUUUUCCAACGCAACAAAAUGUAAUAUGCAUCUCAACACCACCACCACUCUUCCCUUUGCUUUCUAUCUCUCUCUCUCUCUCUCUAAACCCUACAAUUCUCCUCACUUUUCUGUUUCUCACUUUACCCUCAAAUUCCGACCAAAUUCCAACCGCUAGCAUAAUGCCGCUAACACCACCAGCUUCUUGAAAUCUCCACACAACAAUUUCAGUUUUCAACAUGCCGGAGCGAUUUACAUCAUCAUCUCCGUCAAUCAACGAAAACAAGAAAUCCGAAGAGGAAACAGAUGCAAAACCGCUAGUUUCCGUUGCCCGGAGAAGAUCUCAGGCCGCCGCCCGUCGUGUUACUCCGACGACCACCGUCUCCACUGCGGUUUUCUCCCCAGGUACAACAUCCACUGAAAAACACCUCCAGAACGGAGAUCUGUACAUCGGAAGCUUCUCCGGCAACGUACCGAACGGAUCUGGCAAGUAUUUAUGGUCUGACGGAUGUAUGUAUGAAGGCGAUUGGAAGAGAGGAAAAGCGUCGGGAAAAGGUAAGUUCUCAUGGCCGUCGGGCGCGACUUACGAGGGGGAAUUUAAGUCCGGCCGGAUGGAAGGUUCCGGCACGUUCACCGGCGUCGACGGUGACACGUACCGCGGCGCGUGGAUAGCAGACCGGAAACACGGUUACGGCGUGAAGCGUUACAGUAACGGCGAUUAUUAUGACGGAACGUGGAGACGGAAUUUACAGGAUGGACAAGGAAGGUAUGUGUGGAAGAACGGGAACGAGUAUGUUGGAGAGUGGAGAAACGGCGUUAUUAACGGCAGAGGGGUUUUGUGUUGGCCGAACGGAAACCGUUAUGACGGAAAUUGGGAAAACGGUGCUCCGAAAGGCCACGGGGUUUUCACGUGGCCGGACGGUGGGUGUUAUGUUGGUUGCUGGAGUAAAGAGAAUACUUUUAGUUUUAAAAAUCCAUUUCAGGUUCAACAGAUUGUUAAUGGGACGUUUUAUCCUGGAACUAAUAGUGCUGGGAAGUUAGGCUUUACGCAUAAGCUUUCUGCACCCUUUUUGGAGGAUAGUUUUGUCGUUUCCACUGCCAAAAAGCGGUCUUCCGUGGACUACGGGUCGAGAGGGAGUUUAACCGAAAGAGCGUUUCCGCGGAUAUGCAUUUGGGAAUCCGAUGGGGAAGCCGGUGAUAUUACGUGUGAUAUUAUUGAUAAUGUGGAAGCUUCGAUGCUGUAUCGGGAUGCCAUGGGCUUUGGGAGGGAUGAUAUUCGGAAGUUUAGGAGGAAUCCGUGUUUUUUUAAUGGUGGGGAAGUGAAGAAGCCUGGUCAGAUGAUAUCCAAAGGGCAUAAGAAUUACGACUUGAUGCUCAAUCUUCAAUUGGGUAUCAGGUAUUCAGUCGGGAAACAUGCUUCGGUAAUUAGGGACCUAAAGACUACCGAUUUUGACCCAAAGGAGAAGUUCUGGACUCGAUUCCCACCCGAAGGAUCCAAGGUUACACCUCCACAUCAAUCCGGGGAGUUUCGAUGGAAAGAUUAUUGCCCGAUUGUGUUUAGACAUUUGAGGGAGUUGUUUCAAGUGGAUCCUGCAGAUUACAUGUUAGCAAUAUGUGGUAAUGAUGCUCUUCGUGAGCUUUCUUCACCGGGGAAAAGUGGGAGCUUCUUUUACUUGACACAAGAUGAUCGGUUUAUGAUCAAAACUGUUAAAAAGUCUGAAGUUAAGGUUCUAAUCAAAAUGCUGCCAAGUUAUCAUCAGCAUGUUUGUCGUUAUGAGAAUUCUCUUGUCACAAAGUUUUUCGGUGUCCAUUGUGUCAAACCCGUUGGCGGCAUAAAGACUCGGUUUAUUGUGAUUGGCAAUCUGUUUUGUUCGGAGUAUCGUAUCCAUAGAAGAUUUGAUCUUAAAGGAUCAUCACAUGGGCGUACGACUGAUAAACCCGAAGAAGAAAUUGAUGAAACCACCACACUUAAAGAUCUUGACCUCAACUAUGUGUUUCGCCUUCAAGAAAACUGGUUCAAAGAACUUAUCAAACAAAUCAACAGAGAUUGUGAGUUUCUGGAAGGCGUUAGAAUAAUGGAUUAUAGUCUUCUAGUUGGCAUGCACUUCCGUGAUGAUAAUACAGGCGACAAAAUGGGAUUAUCUCCGUUUCUGCUGCGGAAUGGAAAGAAUGAUUCAUACCAAACUGAAAAGUUUAUGCGCGGGUGUCGGUUUCUUGAAGCUGAGUUACAAGACAUGGAUCGUGUUCUGGCUGGCCGAAAACCGUUGAUCCGGCUGGGAGCGAAUAUGCCAGCUCGAGCCGAGCGGAUGGGCAGGCGAAGUGAUUUUGACCAAUAUACCCCUGGAGGAUUCAACGGUUUGACACCUUCAAGAAGUGGUGAAACAUACGAGGUAGUUCUCUACUUUGGAAUCAUUGAUAUUUUACAAGAUUAUGAUAUUAGCAAGAAGCUUGAACAUGCAUACAAAUCGUUACAAGCGGACCCUACAUCUAUCUCGGCUGUGGAUCCAAAGCUUUAUUCCAAACGGUUUCGUGAUUUCAUAAGCAGAAUCUUUGUAGAAGACAGGUGAUCGGGUAGGUUCAAUCACAAACUCUUUGAAUCUAGACAUCUAGCGAUCGCUAAUCAAAUCAUUGGUUCAUGCCGAGUUUUGCAACAUCAGCAGACUUGAGAGGGGACAAUGACAGGUCGGGAGGUUGUGGAGUUGUUUGUGUACAUGUUGGGUGAGGGAGAAUUGGAUUAUUAUAUGUUUUUUCUUGAACAUUUUUGUGGGUAGGAAGAAAUAUGUGAAGACAUUAAAACAAAGGUUAUAGGAAUUAGGUGGUGUUUGAGAAUAAGUGAAAAUGUACAGGGUGGUGUUAUAGAGUGAAGCCAAACCAUGGUGGCAAUUUCGUAAUUUACAUAUACUGGAAGGUCUAUUUUGAUAAAUAGUCAUAGUUUUUAUGCUCUGAAA